UGCUUUCUCUCUCUCUCUUUUUCUUUGGAUAUUAGUCUUUACUAAACUGUUCAUAAAAUGAUUAUGUUUAUACUUAUGAUUAUAUUUGUCAGCCUUUCUAUGAUUUCAAAGAAAAUUAACUCAGCAUCAGCAGCAGACGUUAUGACUUCAAAUGAUACUCAAACUGAGAACGUCCUUCUCUGCUAUCCACUCCAGUCUGACUCCUGUCCAAAACUGCAUCGUCUUACUGUUGUUAAAGUGGCAAUGUAUGCAUUCUUUGUGCUGAUGAUCCUCACAACAGUUUUUGGGAACCUGCUGAUCAUCAUCUCCAUCUCUCACUUCAAAAAGCUUCAGUCUCCAACUCAUCUGAUCGUUCGCUCUCUGGCUGCCAGUGACUGUCUGCUGGGCUCUUUGGUCAUGCCGUACAGCAUGGUGCGAUCUGUUGAAGGCUGCUGGUAUCUUGGAGAUUUCUUGUGUAAAGUUCAUUCUAGUUUGGACAUGACCUUUUGUAUCUCCUCUUUACUGCAUCUCUGUUUAAUAUCUGUUGACAGGUACUGGGCCAUUUGUGACCCUUUGAGGUACAAAAUGAGGGUCACAAACAACACUGUGAUUGUUUUUAUCACCUUCAUAUGGCUGCUUUCAUUUCUCUACAGUUUUUCUGUUGUGUUCUCAGGGAUAAGUGCAGUUGGAUUGGAGAUACUUAUACUGCAGACUUACUGUGUGGGAAAUUGUGUUGUGUUUUCUAACAAGCAGUGGGGUCUUAUAUGUCCAAUUCUCACCUUUAUCCUUCCUGGGACGAUCAUGAGUUCUCUGUAUAUGAAAAUCUUCUAUGUUUCACGAAAACAUGCAAAGGUUAUGUCAGAAAGAGUGACUGGAGGGAUGAAGAGCCAAAGCUCUGCUCACAGAGAGAGAAAAGCAGCUAAAACUCUGGCCAUUGUCAUGGGUGUUUAUUUGUUCUGCUGGCUGCCGUAUUUUACUGUUGCUGCUCUUGACCCUUUUUUUAAUUUUUGGACCCCAGUUGUUGUAUAUGAUGUUUUGUUUUGGUUUGCAUAUUUAAACUCGACUUGUAACCCCUUAAUUUAUGGAUUUUUCUACCCUUGUUUUCAGAAGGCCUUUAAGAUUCUCAUAUCCACUUAUUUCUGUGGCAUCAAGCAUUCUAACACAUUGAUAUUUGAAAGAAUACCGCUCUCACACUUAUUUAAGGCCAUUCCGAAAGGUGCGAGGGAGGCUUACCCUGUGAAACACAAGGAACGAAUCCUAUCCUUCUAUCCCGACUUCAGUAAUGAGACGGCUAGAAAGCAGAUGGAAUUCAACCAAGUUCGAAAGAGGAUGAUUGCCCUUGGUCUCAGGCCAUUCCUCGUAUAUCCAGCUGAGUUCAAAUUGACACAUCAGGGCCAACCUCUGGUCUUCAAAGCACCACAAGAAGCAGAGAAAUUCUUCGACUCCAAGGAGUUUCUGGGUACUCCAUUAAAGAAACCCUCAGCAACAGCUUCGAUGAUGGGACAUCGAAGCAAUCUCUUGGAAGACGAUGUGCAGGAGAUGUCUGCCUAG